GCGUCACGGGGCGCCGCGGGUGAGCAGCUACCAUUGGCCGAGCCGCGGAGGGGGGAGAGGCCGCGACCCUUCCCUGCCGGCGGGCGACGAGCCAGGGGGCCGGCAGCCUGGGCCCGGCGCUCAAUUUAAACUCUGAAAUCUGGGCCGCUGGCGGACUCCGGAAACGAGACGACGUUCGCCCGGCCGGCCGCGCGCCCCGGGCCCCGCCGCAUUCCCGGAAUCGACCCUUCUCCCGCCAUUUGCCACCCGCGUCUCGCCGAGCCCGCGCUCCGAGGGCUGAGGCCCGCGGCCGCCGGGAGCGGGCGAGUGGCAUGGCGCGCGGCGCGGACGGCGGGGACGGGGCUCGCGUCUGGCAGCACGUGUUCCUGCUCCCAGAAUAUUUGAAGGAUGCUUCAAAGAAGAUGAAAAGUGGGCUUAUGUUUGUAAAACUGGCUAACCCAUGUUCAGGGGAAGGAGCCAUUUACUUGAUCAACAUGUGUCUACCGCAGCUGUUUGAAAUAAAAGUUUUCAAGGAAAAAAACCAUUCUUGGUUUAUAAAUGAAUCAGUUCAAUCAGGCGGUCUUCUUCACUUUGCCACACCUGUGGACCCUCUGUUUCUGCUUCUCCACUACCUUAUAAAGGCCGAUAAAGAGUCUUUUCAGGGAAAGUUUCAGCCCCUGGAUCAAGUUGUGAUGGAUGACAUGUUCCCGGAUUGCAUCUUGUUGCUGAAACUUCCUGAACUUGAGAAGUUACUUCGACACGUGACAGAGGAGAAAGAAGUAGACAAGAAGAAAUAUUACAAGUACAGCAAAGAGAAGACAUUAAAAUGGCUAGAAAAAAAGGUUAAUCAGACUGUGGCAGCAUUAAAAACCAGUAAGGUAAAUGUCAGUGCCCGGGUACAGUCUACUGCAUUUUUCUCUGGUGGCCAGGUUUCCAGUGACAAGGACGAGGAUUAUGUUUGUUAUGCCCAUGGUCUGAUAUCUGAUUACAUCCCUAAACAAUUAAGUGAUGACUUAUCUAAAUAUUUAAAGCUUCCAGAACCUCCAGCUUCAGUGCGAAACCCUCCAUCAAAGGUGGCAGCAGGAAGACAGAAAAGGGACAAGUGACAGCAGAUCCACGCAAGGCUCUCCUGCUUCUCCUGUGACUUAAGACUCUCCCAAAGGGCUACAUACAACUUCUUCUGCACUUUCUAGAAAAUCACCAGAUGCCAAAAGAAGCAUUUUAAAGGACUAAGCAGGAAUGCUUUAUUUCUAUGAGCAAUACCACUAGUCCCUUCGACCAGUGGCAACUCCCUGUGGAGGCGACUGUCAUGGAACUAGAAAGCACCCCAAAUGUGAACCUGCCCUGAGGAAUUCAGGCCACAUCAGUGCUCUGCUGAUCUACCUGCCAUAAAGCUGUGGAUUUUUACAGCCUGGUGCUUCAGAUUGCAACACAUUGGGAAGAGACAGCUCAUUGUGAGUUUCAGGUCAUUUCUUAUGCCGGACCCCACUGACCUGCUCUGCUUUCCUGGGGUUAAGAGAGCACUUUUAGGUUGGCAUGUGGUGACUGUAAGUACUAGGUUCCACACCAGAAGCUUUGACAAACCAAGUUUCUAGACUUAUUUAAGAAAAGAAAAAAAGGGGGGAGGAUACCCCUGGCAGUCCAGGGGUUAGAACUUGGCGUUUUCAUUGCUGUUCCCCGGGCUCAGUCCCUGGUCAGGAAACUAGGAUCCUGCAAGCCGUUCAGUGUGGUUAAAAAAAAGCGCCUGACCUUUCUUUACUCCUUAUCAAUUUUGGCAGCUUCUAAUUCAUAACAGUACCUGAACAUGUGCAUUUUAUGAUCUGCUGGGGUUGUAAACUUUGCUUCAUUUUUAAAAGACUUGUCCAAUAUGUGCGUUAUUAUUACUAUUUACGGUGAGGGCAUAAGAUACGGGGGAAAGUUAGAAGUAGAUGCCAAAAAGUAAUUUGGCGGAGAAUUCUGUGCAUAGUGAGUAUGAUUAAGGGGUGGCCGGAGGUUUUGUGCAAGCAGGUCAGGGAGUUCAUGAACCUGGUGAGCUUGCUCUGCAAGAACUGGAAGCCACGCGGGUGAUCUUCAUGCCUCAGACAGGACCCCAAACCUCUUCAGGAAAUAAUUUUGCUUCUGAUUGUCUUCCUCCAUC